GAAUUGUAGUUUGUUUCGGGUGCUUUCCCAGCAGGCAGCGCGACCGCCGGCCGUGAUCGGGAGUCAGGAACGGUGCGAGGCGGAGGUACCUGAGGAUUGACGAGUCCUCACCCAAGGUCUACAAUGAAUCUGGAGCGAGUCAGUAACGAGGACAAACUUAAUCUGUGUCGCAAAUACUACCUGGGAGGAUUUGCCCUGCUGCCUUUCCUUUGGCUGGUGAACGUGGUCUGGUUUUUUCGAGAGGCUUUCAUGAAACCAGAGUUCAACGAACAGGUGCUGAUAAAGAAAUACGUGAAGUUCUCUGCACUAGGGCUGUUGCUGUGGGUCGCUGUCCUCACCACCUGGAUCACCAUCUACCAGACCUUCCGGCCCCAAUGGGGAGCCGUUGGCGACUACAUCUCCUUCACCAUUCCCCUGGGCAUCCCCUGAUCAGUUGCCAGACAAUGGAGCAAGGGUCUGGGGUGACGCUGCCUUCCCCACCCCCACCCCUGAAACACGGGACCA